AUGCAGUUCUCCGUCGUCAACAUGACCACCGUCGUCCUCGCCGGCCUUGCCAGCCUGGCCCUCGGCGCCCCGGCGGCCAACCAGCUCGCCACCGACACCCUUCUCGUCGAGCGCGCCUGUGACUGCGACUGCAACAAGAAGUGCCAGAAAAACUGCCUCAACGGCUUCCCCAGCUUCGGCGCCUUCGCCUGCGUCCUCAGCUGUGCGCCCAACUGCGGCUGCAGCGAGAACUCCAAGUGCUAG